GCCUUCAAAUAUGCUCAGGAAAAUGGACUUGAUGUGGUCACCAUCUGCCCAAGUAUAUGCAUUGGUCCUCUACUGCAACCAACAGUGAAUACAAGCAGCUUGUUUCUCAUCAACAUUCUGAACGGAACCAGUGAGUACAUAGAGAAAAUUCAUAACUGGCAUUUUGUAGAUGUUAGAGAUGUCACUGAUGCAGCACUUCUGAUAUUUGAGAAGGAGGCAUCCGGACGAUAUAUUUGCACGCUUGACCCGAUCUAUAUCGUUGACCUCCUCAACUUGUUGAAGAAAAUAUGUCCUGGUUUCAAACACUUUAAGAAUAACUUUAAGCCGGGCGUACUGUUAAAUGCGAGUUCAGAGAAAUUGAAGAAGAUUGGAUGGAAUUGCAGGCCACUAAGUGAUUCCAUUUCUGUUUCGGUUCAAUACUAUGAAGAAACUGGUAUUUUAAGCCUGGAAUAGAAGAACAUGGAAUGUUGAAUUUGCUUAAGAUCCAAGUGUACGAAUAAAGUUGAGAAACUCUCAAUGUCUAAUGAAUUUCUUCAGUUAGUCUUACA